GUCGAUCAUCUGGCGCUCGUUACACCAGCGCUCUUACAGUAAAUAUUUGUGUUUGCUCUACCGGCUGUAAUGGUGGACGACUGAAAGAGAAAAGCGGAGAGACUAAAUCUAAAAAAAAAACAGUCCCGGGUAAAACACUAUUGUUCGUGGCUCGGAAAUAAACACCAGCGAAUAUGGAUGAACUCAAACAUCAAGUUAUGAUAAACCAGUUCGUCCUGACAGCUGGAUGUGCCGCAGACCAGGCGAAACAGCUUUUGCAAGCGGCACAUUGGCAGUUUGAGACAGCCCUUAGUGCCUUCUUUCAAGAGACAAAUAUCCCGUACGGUCAUCAUCAUCAAAUGAUGUGUACCCCCGCCAACACACCCGCAACGCCACCAAACUUCCCCGACGCCCUCACCAUGUUCUCGCGACUCAAAGCCUCGGAAAGCUUCAACAGCAGCAGCAGUCCCAGCAUGGCCACCUCACCUCCUCCACCUCCGGUCAGCUGGGGCAUGACCCCACCCAUACCAAACCAGCAGGGCUUAUGGACACAGGGGCCUUCCCCCCAACAAGCCCAACCGCCCCCAGGCUGGCCCUCAGCUGUCAACCAGCAAGCGGCAACCGAACAGAAGGCCAGCGUCGCUAUGGAGGCUGAGAGAUGAGGGCCUGGACUACACAGAGCGAGGGUUAGGGGAGGGUCAGGGGCACUCGUUUUUCUCUCAUUCACCAAACAUGGAGGGGGAG